AUGAAAAAUUAUUUACCAAUUGGAGCACAUAGUCCAACUGAAUUUGAAAAAAGAAUUGAUGUGAUGGUAAUAACAGGAGUAAUAAUUGGUUUAUUUAUUGGUCUGUUUAUUGGAUUAAUAUAUAGUGGAGUUGGAUUUACUAAUUUUUGUAUCUUCGGGAUUUUAUUCUUAGUGUUCCAUAUUCUUGAGUUCUCGUAUGUUGCUGUUUGUCAUCCAGAGUCUGUUAGUUUUUCUUCAUUUUUAUUAACUCAUUCCAACGAGUUUUUAUUAGCAUUAUUUUUUGCUGUGACUGAAUAUUGGAUUGAAUACUUUUUCUUCCCUAAUUUAAAGACAUGCCCAUAUAUAUACAUUCCUGCUUUAGUUAUUUGUAUUAUUGGUCAAGUUAUUAGAAGUGUUGCUAUGUUUUAUGCAGCAAGUAAUUUCAAUCAUAUUAUCGAAACCUCUUCUAGAGACAGUCAUAAAUUAGUUGAUGACUUCAUUUAUAAAUAUUUACGUCAUCCUUCUUACUUUGGUUGGUUUUAUUGGUCAAUCUUCACUCAAUUCGUUUUAAUUAAUCCAAUUUGUAUUAUCCUUUAUGCUUGGGCUUCAUGGUCAUUCUUUGCUGAAAGAAUUCCUUAUGAAGAGGCCACUCUUUAUCAACAAUUUGGUAAAGAAUAUUCCCAAUAUAUGGAUCGUACUUUUAUUGGAAUCCCUUUUAUAAAUUCUGUUAAUCCUCCUGAUCUUAAAAAUCUUGAUGAUUAA